AACAACAACAACAACAACAACAACAACAAACCCCCUUCCCCACCUUUUUUCCACUUCGGCCGUUUUCAAAACACCGGUUUGCUGCCUUUUCCUCACUUCUUUUUCGACUCUAUCUUCCGCUUGCUUCCCAAUUAUCGCUUUCGCCCUCCCUUCUUCCCCCGUUACAGACAUAUCUUUUUUUCUUAUUCAUCGAAAGUUAUGCUUAGCACUUAUGCAUGGAUUUUCAUUACUGGCAUUAUUGUCUUUUUUGUUAUAAUCAUUGUUCUUUUAUUCUUUACCCGCUCGCCUAUUGAGUUGCCCUUAUCCGUCAGUGGUGGCGACUCUGAUUUUGAUGAAUGGCCGAUCGAGUCUGAAGAACAAGUUGCUCAGCUCCCUGAAGACGCCAGACUAAGCUAUGAACGGGCAAAAGUCUUCCAGGAGCGUCAUCCUCCCGAUAGCAUUCCCACCGAUAUCACACCGCCCCAGUUUGUAUCUAUCCAAGAAAAAGGCGUCUCGGCCUUUGAAUUUGAAUGGGAGCCGGAUGCUAACUGCUUUGUCGCCGGCCGUACCGAAAUCCAGUUCAAUUACGGCGAGUCGUGCGUGCAGACCAACCUUCCUUUGCCUCGGAACCAGGAAGUGUAUUACUGGGAGGCAAAAAUGUUUGAUCUCCCCGAAACAACGACUGUUUCCGUUGGUGUGGCAACCAAACCGUAUCCGAGUUGGCGGUUGCCAGGGUGGAAUCGAUACUCGAUUGGCUAUUUCUCCAACAAUGGCUGCAAAUACUUUAGCUCCCCAUUCAACGGCAAACCAUACGGAUUAACAUUCACCCACGGCGAUGUGAUUGGAGUUGGAUACCGGCAUCGUACAGGCACUGUAUUUUUCACACGAAACGGACGUAAACUCGAAGACGCAUAUACGGGAUUACGAUGGAACUUGUUCCCAACGGUGGGAGCAAACGGUCCUUGUCAGGUGCACGUCAACUUGGGACAAAUGGGAUUCGUGUUUGUCGAGGCAAACGUGAAAAAAUGGGGAUUGGCGCCGUCUCAGGGUACACGCGCACCACCACCUGCAUACGGAUCCGAAAAUGACACAAUACUACUCGCUUCUGGGAGCUUUCAAAACAGCAGCAGAAACAACAACAACAACACUUAUAGCAAUAUUAAUACUAAUGAUAUUGAAGGAAGCAGCAGUAGUGGCAGUAGUAGUAGUAGUAGUAGUAGUAGCGCUGGCGGUACAUCACAGCAACAAAUGCUAUUACAAAAUAAUCGACAGCAACCGCCAGAUGAGAGCGCACACCCCCCUGUCUUGAUCACCAUUGAUGGCCAGACAGCCACUUCACCUCAUCCAGGCGGUACUGAGCCCCCGCCUUAUUCCUCACCGAACAUCAGCAACGGCAAUGAAGAAGAUCAACAACAGCAGCAGCAGCAACGACCUAUAUUGGACUGAUGCCAUAAUCUACUCAAGCGCCUUAUCUGACCUCUUUAUCUUUUGUCAUACCCUUACUUUUCGUUGUUCUCUACUCUUUGCUUUAUUUUCUUUCUCAUCCAUUUAUUUAUUCCAUCGUUUUCUGUGCAAAUCUUUUUUCCAUCUCCUCCUUCAUAUAAUUUGUCGGUUGUAUAUAUAAGUUAUUUUUCUUUCACACUUUCUCUUUCGUAAAAUACAAGCGUUUCGCGGAAUCAUUCAUGAUCCUGCUUUGCGUCGAGACAGCUGCGCCGUUCUUUCUUUUUGUUACCCGCACUGUAUCAGCGUCGAGUCUUGCUACAAGCUACGUCACAAUUUUACGGUAUAGGGAAGAGAAUUGGGAGAGCAGUUGAUUUAUCAUAUAUUCUCUUUGUGCAGCUAAGCGACAAUUAAUGAGGCAUUAAAUUGUCAAGGCUCGGCAGGGUGUGAAUGGCUUGGCAUCA